AUGUAUACUAAUAAUUUAAAUUUCAAUGUGGAAUUUGAAGAUAAAUUUGAUAAUGAAAGUUUAUUAGGUAGAAGUAUUUUUAAUAAAAAUCGUAGUUUACGUCAACCUAAACGUAAGAAUAAUUCAAUGUUUGAUGAUCAACUUUUUAAACAAGCAUUUAAUGCUCCUUUUUUUCAAAGGACUACAUCAUCAUUUGUUAGAGAUGCAAUACCAAAAGAAUUCAUGAAUACAGGUCUUGAUAGAUUAUUUCCCCUGACAUCUGGACAUGACAAUUCAUUUAUUAAUUCAUUUAGGCAUGAACAUAGACCAAUCCGUGAAACACAAUCAUUUAGAAUACCAUCUAUGAAUGAUAGUGAUGAGGAACAUUUUUUUCGCCAAAGAAAUUCUAGUACAUCAUCAAAUGGUAUCGUAAGACAUAUUCCUAUUCGUUUUGCUGAUGAUCAAAAUAAUAUAUCAUGGGAAAGAAAUUUUAAUGAUCAUAAUAAUAUAAAUGAUUAUGUACAUUUUGAAAAUAAUGUAUCACAAAAAAAUAAUCUAAAUAAAAGGAAUAAUUUCAGAGAAAGUACUCCACAACCACGUGUAUCUUUUGAUAAUUCAUAUUCAAUACCAUCAGCAAUCCGUCGAACCAAAAGUUCUGGCCAAGUAUCACCACCACCAUUUGGACGGUGGAAUGAUUUUUUAGAGAACGAUUCUGUACAAAUGAUUGAUAAUAAAAAAGAUAUUAAUUCUCACAAUGUCAAUAAACCAUUAAUUCCACCAAAAUCAACACUUUCAUCUAAAAAUAAUUUUUCUUCCAAUAAUAUUGAUCAAAAUGAGAAGGUAAAUGAAACAUUUAAUGAAGAAAAAAAUAAAAUUUUAUAUGAAGAUAGUGUUGGAGAAAAUAAUAUUACUAAUAAUGAUAGUAGAAAUGAGAUACCUGUCAGUGAAAAUUUAUAUACACCUUUUAUAAAAAAACCAUAUAGAAAAGUUGAGAAUGACAAUUCAAUUGAUGAAGCAAUAAGAAGUUUGGAGAUGCUUGAAAUUAAUCCAUUGAGAUACUCAUCUUUUGACAAUAACAAAAACAAAAAUAUUCCUCAACAAGACACCUCAAGUCUAGAUUCACCCUCAUCAAGUGGAAUUGUUGGUGAUUUAUCUGAUGAGGAAAAAAAACGUUCCUCUAUAACUUCAAAAUAUCAAAUAUUAUCUAGACCAAAUGAUAUAUUAGGUGAAAAUUAUAAUAGAGAAUCAUUUUAUGAGGAAAUUCCAUCUACAUUCCAUAAACCAGUGACCUCUAAAAUGGCUGGUUUAGGAGAUCAAACAAGAAUAGUAGUUCCAAUGGAAAAUGGAAAUACUUUAACAAUUCCUUUAACAACAAACAAUGGAAUUUAUACAAAAAACAACCAAUUAUCAGAAAAUCAUAUAAAUUCAUCAAAUUACUUACAUUAUUCACCUCCAUUAUCAAGUUAUUUAAAUAUUGAUAGACACCUUAAAAACAAACGGGUUCUGGUUGAUGAGAUGGAAAAUAAUUUGUCACUCUUAAAAAAAUCUGCCCAAACUAUAUUAGAAAUAAGUAAUUCAUUGAAAUGGAGAUUAAUAAACAAUUUACAAAAUAAUAUAGAUAAAAUUAAGGAUAAUGUUAAUAAGACAACAGUGACAUUAAAUCAAAUAUCAAUAUUAUUUUGUCAGAUUCAUCCUCAAUCAGGAACAGAUAAGAAGGAAGAACAUAAUGAGAUUGUAGAAUUUUUAAAUGAAAAAAUAAAAUUAAUUAUUAAUAUUAAAAAUGAAUUAGAAAAAAAUAAUUAUAAUGUUAAUAUAUUGGCGAGAAAAAAUUCUUUUGGAACAUCAAAUGAUUGUUUAGAUCAAUAUGUUGGAUUAAUGAAACAUCUUCCUUCAGAUAUUUUAAAAAUGAUUGAAUGGAUUGGUACAUUACCUACGGAUGGAAGUAUUAAAUAUUCUGAUGAAGAAUAUAGAAAUAGUAAUUUUAAUAAAUCAAAUAAUACUUUUACAUCAGAAUCAUCUAUCUUUAAAAAUACUUUUAAUAGUAAUAAUAAUAAUGAUAUAUAUAAGCAUCCAAUUACAUUAACAUAUAAACAAACUAAUUUAAAUGAAAGACCAUCAAAUCCCAAUAAAGAAGCAAAUAAUAAUAAUAAUGAUAAUUCAAAAACAAUAGUUGAAGAAGAUGAUUUAGAAAGUGUAUUAAGUGAAACAAAUAGCCUUCAUAAUGAUUAUGCUUUGGUAAAUAAUCAUAAACCAUAUGCAUCUUUAUCACAAGAAAAUAAAAAUGAAAUAAUAUCAUCAAUCAAAUCAAUUUCAUUAUCUGAUAAAGAAAUAUUAUCAGAAUAUGGACCACAAUAUGAUAUUCAUGUUAAACAGUUAUCCUCUGCUAUUGAAACAUUUUUAACAGUUAUUGAAAAUAAUUUACCACCAAUGGAAUUUGUCCAACAAGGAAAAAUUAUAAUACUUGAAGCUCAUAAAUUAGUUUAUAUUGGUGAUUCAAUAGCUAAAAAUUUGUCGGAUAUUGUACUAAAAAAUGCAUUACAAAAAAUGGCAGAUAAAUUAUGUGAUAAUUUAAAAAUUUGUGUUCAAUAUAUGAAAAUUGCAGCCGAUGAGUAUCCAUCACUUCAACCAUUAUCUGAUAUGGUUAAUCAGGUUGUUGCUGUAUCUAAUUCUUCCUGUGAUAUGAAAAUUUUAAUAAAUAGUUGUUUAUAA